GCAUGAAUACACAUGAGCCUCUGACAGUUUUGGGACUUUUGCCUUGUAGCAAGACUGCUGCAGCGGACUAUAGUCGCCCUGGUUUUACAGGGCUCCCUCUGGCCAUCAAAUCCUAAAGAAAGGACUCCAACCAUCUCCCUUUCCUAUUCCUGGGAUAAUCAUGGCUGGAACCCCAGGCAUUAGAGGGCCUAUUCUUGUGGUGAUCCUGCAACUUGUGCUCCUUUGUUCCUCCCAAAUAAAUCGAGGACCCCCUGGCCCACCUGGACCCCCAGGAGUCCCAGGAAUAGAUGGCAUUGCUGGGGAACGUGGCGUAGAUGGCGAGGACGGCUUUCCUGGCCCUGAUGGGGAUGCUGGUAAACCCGGUUCUUUAGGAUUACCUGGAAUUCCUGGAAAAGCUGGUUUGACUGGCCCUGUUGGGGAUCCUGGGCCUGAUGGUCCCCUAGGACAGAAAGGUGAACCUGGGAAUCCUGGACCUCGUGGAGCUACUGGUGUGGGGCCUGAUGGACCCCCUGGACCACCAGGGCCUGGUGGGCUUCUGGGUGAAUUGGGAAAAGUAGGACCUCCUGGUGCAAUGGGUGUGAGAGGGCCACAGGGGCCCCGUGGACCACAAGGGCCCAGAGGUGCAACUGGAAUGCUUGGCUCCUCUGACCUGUGUCCAAACUCGUGUCCACCUGGUACUCCUGGGCAUCCUGGCCCACCUGGUAUGAAGGGUCACAAAGGUGUGAAAGGGGAGUCAGGGGAGCCUGGAAAACAGGGACACAAGGGGGAGGAAGGAGACCAGGGAGGACCAGGAGAUGUUGGGUCCCAGGGUCCGACAGGACCCCAGGGAGUACGUGGAGCCAUGGGAAUGAUGGGCCCCAAGGGAGAGAUGGGAUCUCGAGGUCCAGAUGGAGAGCCAGGUCCACAGGGAGUAGCAGGGGGAGCAGGGGACAGAGGUCAGAGAGGAGUAAUGGGUGAGCCUGGGACAAAAGGUGAAAUAGGGGGUCAAGGACCACGAGGGAUAACAGGACUCCCAGGUCCCAAAGGAGAAGCUGGAUUACCUGGUGUUGACGGACGUGAGGGUAUUCCUGGGUUGCCGGGUGCAAAGGGAAACAUUGGCAAGCCAGGCGUUCCUGGAGAGGUUGGACUUCAGGGGCUUCCUGGUUUACCUGGAACACCGGGACCAAAAGGCUUGAGUGGCCCCAAGGGUGAUGCCGGGAAACCUGGUUUUCCUGGGACCUUGGGAUCGGCUGGAAAACAAGGUGAAAGGGGAGAACAAGGAGAGGUGGGACCUGUGGGACCCAUCGGUGAGCCUGGAGAUGCUGGAGAGCCCGGUCCUGUAGGCCCAGCUGGUAAACCAGGCAAAAGAGGACCCAAAGGGGAUCCUGGUCUCCCUGGUCUCCCAGGGCCUCCCGGCCUUCCAGGAGUUAAGGGAGAAAGGGGUGAACGUGGAGAACAAGGACCCAAAGGAGAACAAGGAGCUCAAGGGGAUGAGGGAGAUCCUGGAGAGAGAGGAGAAGUUGGUGAUGCUGGAGAACCUGGACCAAAAGGAGAGGCUGGUAUUUCAGGUGAACCUGGCAAUAGGGGUCCUGAGGGACCCCGAGGCCAGCCGGGUAUUGACGGUCCCCCUGGCUCACCGGGACCACGAGGAAUGCAGGGAAACAGGGGUCCACGUGGGGUCAGAGGAUCUCAGGGACCUGCGGGUAAAGAGCCAACUGAUCAGCACAUCAGGCAAGUCUGCAUGCGAGUUAUGCAAGAGCAGCUGGCUCAGUUAGCUGCCAGUUUACGGAGGCCGGAGUCUGGCGCUGCAGGUUUGCCAGGAAAACCGGGUCCUCCAGGGCCUCCUGGGCCCCCAGGAAACAGCGGCUUUCCAGGACAAGCUGGAGCAAGAGGGCUUCCAGGACUGAAAGGGCCACUGGGGCCAAUGGGAAAUAAAGGUCCUAAAGGUGAUAUGGGAGACAGAGGGUCAAGAGGACCCACUGUACGAGGAGCUAAAGGCCAACCAGGACCUCCUGGGCUUCCAGGAGAGCCAGGAAAACCUGGCUAUGGUCAGGAUGGUCAGGACGGGCAGAGGGGACCUCCUGGCGUUCCAGGACAGCCUGGUGUGCCUGGUCCUCCUGGUCCAGCUGGCCAGAAUGGCUAUUGCGACCCGUCAGCCUGCAAUCUCCAGGCAGGACUCCAGCAGUCUCUGGAUGUGAAGGGACCUGCAGGGAACUAAGAACCACUCUGGCAGAGACACAAAGACUGCUGGAUUAUCUCCCAGAGAAAACAGAAUUUGUCACAGUCUCCUCCCAGGGGCCUUCGUUGACGUGGUGUCUUUGAUACAUUAACCUCUGUGUGAGCAUGUUUUCUGCCAAUAACAUCUCCAUCAAACAAUUCAUCAUCUUUGAGUUAAGGAAAAAGGGAUUAUUCUAUUGUUCUUUUCUGGAUGAGAGGUGUUUUAAUUCAUCCAGAACGAUGCUCACAUCUCUGAAUGAAACGAUCAGAAACUAUUGCCAUAGCCCACUUUUCUUUUAUCCCAUACUCUUUUAAAGCUCCCCAUUUGAAUUAUUUUCUUUAUCCUUCUCACAAAAAUAGCACACAGAAUUCCCCUAAUGCCAAACAAAGCUUUAUUUUCUGGUACCCUGUUUCCCCAAGCCAAGGGACAACCAAAAGCAAACCUGCUGAAGCCCAAAUGUCUGGAUCUACAUUCCCUCACAUCUGACUGCUCUGUAAGCAAAUAAAACAGAGAGGAUGAAAAUAUAAUUGCCGACUUUUUGUAAAUCUGUAAAUUAUGUAUGAAACCUGGUUAAUUAUAUUUCCUACGAAAACAACUCCAGAUGUGAGAUUUUGCUUCAUUGUACAGAAAACAACAGGAUGCAGCUGUUCAUGAAAGAGAAAACCUUUUACAAGUGAGAAACAUUUGCAAUGUU